AUGGCGACCGACGCAGACAAGAUGGCCUUCUUCGCGCGACUGCAUGAGUUCGAUGAGCUCUGCGACUUCACACUCAUCUCCCGUGGCGCCCAAUGCAAGGUGCACCGCCUCGUACUCUCGGCACACUCCAAAGUCCUCGAGAAGGCAUGCGCUGGGGGCUUCGCAGAGGCCUCUCAGCGCACCCUCGAUCUCUCCGAGUACGAGUCCGACAUCCUCGAUGCCUUUGUCGAGUACAUGUACUACUGGGACUACGACUCGAGCGUCGAGAAGCAUUACCCGGCCGAAGAAGGAGUGCUUGAAUUCCACGUCCAGAUGUGUGUCAUUGCCGACAAAUACGACAUGCAGCCCCUGAAGGUCCUCGCCAUCGAGAAGUUCAAAGCCGCUCUGGACAGCGCCCGCUCCGUCGACGACCUCGCAGACGCGGCAAGAUGUGCAUACGACGCCUCGCUGGCGACGGAGGAGAUUCGCGAGGAGAUUGUGAAGAAGGCCGCCAAGGACCCCUUUGUUGGAGUCAAUGCUGCGCCGAAGACUACGCUGGAGGACGUCAUGAUGGAGUACCCAGAGCUUGCUGUCGCGAUCGCUAAGGCAGCAUGCGGACCUGUGUCUCCUGCUACCUCUACGUCCAAGCCAGAGACUCGCUGGACUCUGUACGAGUGUCAAGCAGCAGCGCGCUGUGGCUACACGGGACGCCAGAGAGUCUUUGCGGACUAUCCGGUCCCCAAUUGCCCGCGGUGUGGACGUCUUUUCGCUGUGGUCGACAAAGCAGAGAGCUCAUAA